AUGGAACUCCUGGACAACGCCUAUCACACUCUUUACGCCUCAAUUGCGAGUCUGGAUGCCCAACGUAUUAUCCGUUUGAUCAUUGUCGUUGGAGGCUACGCUCUCUUAAGAAAUCUAGCGCAGAGACACUUGGCUAAGAGACAGCUAGACAGAAAAGUCCGUGAAGGCGAGGCUGUCAAGGCUGAACAGAAACUGGAAGAUCUCGUUGACGAUCCUAAAAGCGCGAAAGCCGCAGACAGCAAUGCUUUUGGGUGGGGAAAUAAAACUCGUCAAAGAGUGAAGAGACAGGAAAAAAUGCUGGAAGAACGGAUCGAAGAAUUGCAAAAAUACCAAGGUAACUUGGAUGACGAUCAAGAUAUUGCAGACCUUCUCGAGGAUUGA